AUGGCUUCCCAACUGCUACCCCUCGAGCUUAUCGACAAGUGUGUCGGUUCCAGAAUCUGGGUCAUCAUGAAGGGUGAUAAGGAAUUCAGUGGAACACUUGUUGGCUUCGAUGACUACGUCAACAUGGUUCUGGAGGACGUAACUGAGUUUGACUACUCCGGUAACCACACCAAGCUCCCUAAGAUUCUGCUGAACGGUAACAACAUCUGCAUGUUGAUUCCCGGUGGUGAGGGCCCAGAAGGUGCUGCUUGA